AUUUUUAGAUGAUACACAAUAAAUUAUUUACAGCAAGAAAAUUAUAUAUCGAUUACUCCAUAUGAAGACAGAUAAAUAACACUUAACCUGAAUCUUUAAAAUAUUAAAAAGUGCUCAUUUAGAAAAUUUUAACUUGAUGAAUAAUAUAAAUUGAAAAAAUAAAAAUAGAAUGAUAACAAAUUGAUCGAUGUAGAGGAAUCGAUUUACUAGCCGCUUGCGCUGGGCCAGGUUAGCAUUCUGACUCAGGGUCGUUUGAUAAAGGAUGGCUAUCAGUGGCCUGAUGUCAGGUUGUGUCGGGCCUUCACUGGCCAAGGUUUGAAGGCAGUUCGUCUCGAUCCUCGCCCGAGUCAGUUCGUGAUCUAUAUUUGUUAUUGCCUAAUUGUUGCGUAUGACCUUGUCGCCCUAGGGCGUUAUUGAUUCCUAUUAAUCUUAGUUUAAGGCGUACCAGAAUGAGAUUGCGUCACUUUGGCACGGUAGCCUCUGUUUUAAUAUUGCUACCGUUUUGCCUUUUCAUCGCAACUGCUACCGACGAAGUUGUAAAAAAUGUCGAGAACAAGUCCAACAGUUCUGUCAGUGCACCUCCCCAAAAUGUCUCUGUGUCCAGCACAUCUACAACAGUUACCUCAGCUACAACUCCCACAUCGACUUCUACACCUAAACCAACUGUCAAAGGAAAUACUGAGAAUCAUGUGAUAAUAGUUGAUGGUGGUUUGGAGAAAAAUGUUACUUGGAAUGAAGUGAACGGUGGGAAAGAAGUGAAGAAAAUUACUUACAUCACUAGUGAUUCAAGUGGUAUGAAUAACAGUAGUAAAAUCAAAACUAUCAUUCCAGUUAAUAAUACUGCUCAGGGCAAUCAGUCUGCCAGUGAUUCUAAAAACGCUCUGAAUUCAUCAACUACCGAAUCUCCUGCUUCGAGCACAACCACAAAAAAGCCAAAUGUCACUACCACGGCAGCUCCCAACGAACCCAUAUUGCCUGAGAAAGGGUCUGCGGAAGCAGAACAUAACAGCUCUAUGGCCAUCUUUUUCGUAUUGUGCGUUUUAGCUAUCGGAAUCGUACUGAUUCAUUUCAUGCUUAUGACACAUUUUCAAUAUUUACCAGAAAGUGUAGUUAUAGUCUUCCUUGGAGCUUUGAUUGGUUUGAUCUUGAAUCUAAUGUCAGAUCAGAACAUUGGAAAUUGGAGGAAAGAAGAAGCCUUCUCACCGACUGCUUUCUUUUUAGUUCUCUUACCUCCUAUCAUUUUUGAAUCAGGAUAUAACUUGCACAAAGGUAACUUUUUUCAAAACAUUGGUUCAAUUUUGGUCUUUGCGAUAGCUGGCACCACCAUAUCAGCUCUUGUUAUUGGUGCUGGUAUCUACUUACUAGGUCUGGCUGAUGUGGCGUACAGACUUAGCUUCAUGGAGAGCUUUGCAUUUGGUUCACUGAUCUCUGCAGUCGAUCCAGUUGCAACCGUUGCAAUUUUUCAUGCCCUCGAUAUUGAUCCGGUGCUUAACAUGUUGGUGUUUGGCGAAAGUAUAUUAAAUGAUGCCAUAGCUAUUGUCCUUACUACUUCUGUAUUUGAAUCAGGCAAUCCUAACAUGUCAUCGUCUGAAGCUGUCUUAGCUGGUAUCAACAGAUUUUGUCUGAUGUUCUUUGCCUCUGCUGGAAUAGGAGUCGUUUUUGCUCUAAUUAGUGCUCUGUUAUUAAAGCAUGUCGACUUGAGAAAAAAUCCAUCUUUGGAGUUCGGCAUGAUGCUUGUUUUUACAUACGCUCCAUAUGCCUUAGCUGAAGGAAUUCAUUUAUCAGGAAUAAUGGCUAUUCUGUUCUGUGGUAUUGUGAUGUCCCAUUAUACCCAUUACAAUUUAUCUACGGUUACUCAGAUCACCAUGCAGCAGACAAUGAGGACGCUUUCAUUUAUUGCUGAAACUUGUGUCUUUGCUUAUCUCGGACUGGCAAUAUUUAGUUUCAAGCAUAGAGUUGAACCUGCGCUUGUCGUGUGGAGCUUAAUACUUUGCCUGAUCGGUCGAGCGUGCAACAUAUUUCCAUUGGCCAUCCUGUGUAACAAGUUCCGUGAGCACAAGAUCACCAAAAAGAUGAUGUUCAUUAUGUGGUUCAGUGGAUUGCGGGGUGCUAUAUCUUAUGCUUUGUCACUUCAUUUGGAAUUCAGCGAUGAAACUAGACAUGUUAUCAUCACAACUACGCUUAUAAUCGUUCUUGUGACAACUCUUCUCUUUGGAGGAUCCACCAUGCCACUGAUGAAGCUUCUUCAAGGAACCAAAAAGCCAAUCAUUGGUAGUAGGAGCCGCAGGAAACGCAAGGAAAAAGCACUAUCUCUGAGUAAAACCAAGGAGUGGGGCCAAGCCAUCGACUCCGAACACUUAUCAGAGUACACAGAGGAGGAGACAAUGGAGGUAAAUUUUAUCCAGUCGAGGAUUCGCGGUUUCGCAAAAUGGGAUCUAAAGUACUUUAUACCGUUCUUUACUAGGAGGUUCACCCAACAGGAACUUAAGGACUGUAAGUCGCAGAUGACCGACCUCACGAACCAAUGGUACCAAGCAAUCAGGAUCUCGCCCAACGAAUCAGACGAGGAGCAGCAGCCUAGCUGACAGCAGCAGGGAGUAGAGAAUCCUUUCGCCCAAGCCUAAAAGAAUUUUUCUAAUUCAGAAAAUAUAGAGAAUAUAAAUUUUAUUAAUUUAAUUUUAAUUUAAAUCUCUUCAUUAUAUCGAACGUUGUUUUUAUUUUAAGAAUUUCAAAAAAAAUUAUUCUGUCC